AUGUCAGGCCAGUCAAAUGUAGGAAACAGCGGCGUCUACGAAGCCGGUGACCAGCGCAACCCACCAGACAGCGAGAAGCCCGAAAACCAAUCCACGCCCUAUGAGGAAGGAAAAGAGAACAGCCACAAGGACAAUGACCCCAAGGACGAGCGCAGCAUUGCGAACCGUCUAGCACAAGCAGACCCUCAGAAUGACGACGAAUCCGGAAAGGACAAGACUGAGGAGCAGAAGGCUGGCGAGGUCGACCCCACCGCACCCGCGAGAAUGCACGGCAAUGAGCCCUCGCGCGGUGCCAAGAUUGACAAACAGCUCCAAGAUGAGGAGGCCGAGAUUAUUAGGAAGAUGGACGAGAAGAAGAAGCAGAAGAGUUAG